UGGGGCCUUGUAGGUGCCUCUAAUGUUAAGUCUUUUUCAGCUACUCCCAUAAGAAGGUGUCAUGGAUGAUCAUUGUAUGUUUUGUAUAAUGUUCUGGAACAUUUAAUUUCUUGCAUUCAGUCUUUAAAAUUGCCUGACAGAAGCAAUAGCAAACCUUCAGCUCAGUGUAAGUUCUGUUCCCCUUGUGGUAAGUCCAAGUAUAAUGUCUGAGAUAGAAGAUUUUCAGCAUGCCGUGUGCUUGUACGCAGGAGUCUCAGAGGCAGGUGUGCAUGAAGGCAAAUAAGAGGGAACUAAUGGGCUGUAAUUGUGAUAAUCAGAAAACAUUCUUGAUUUUACUGCAGUACUGCUAAGGACUUGGAAAUCCAGUAAGCUGGGUUUUGGGGGUAUUUUGUUCUGGCUUGUUUGGGAGACUUUAUCUGCACUUUAUGGCCGAAAUCUUCAAGGAUCUUUUUGCCCUGUGCACAAGUUCUAUCAAUAGAUAUGCCAUCACCUGUUGGCACAAGUUUUGAUUGAAAAGGAGCCAUGCCGACAUCUGGCUCGCAUAAUAAGAUGCUUUAUGGAGUUGCAAUAAGGAAUGCCCAGCUGGCACUGCCUUUGCACCUCUGUUCCGAAGCCACUUUUGAAUCACCAUCUUUCGCUGUACAGUUGUCAGGCGCCCAAAGCGUCUCCCCGGAAAGGUAACGGGAGUUCCUGCUGUGCCGCUCUUGCUCUGGCAGACUUGAAGCGGACACAGUAAUGAUCUGUAGGGAUGAAACCUGUUGGCAUUCCAGAGGAGCAGCUGGUGGCUUUGAUCUUGCUAACUAGCAAUGAUUCAAGUCUUGCAGAUUGUGAAAGAGCUGGUGUCACCAGCACGGCGUAGAACAGAAACUGCAAAGAAAGGUUCAGAUGCUGAGCAGGAUGCUGCUGUCAAACUUGCCCAAGAACGAGCAGAAAUCGUUGCCAAGUAUGACAGAGGACGGGAAGGCGUGCAGAUCGAGCCUUGGGAAGAUGCAGACUACCUCCUUUACAAAGUCACAGAUCGAUUUGGUUUCUUGCACCAAGAGGAAUUGCCUGUCCAUGACGCAGCAUCAGAGAAGCAAAAGCAGCUUGAAAUUGAAAGAACUUCAAAAUGGCUGAAGAUGUUGAAGAGCUGGGAGAAAUAUAAGAACACUGAAAAGUUCCAUAGGAGAAUUUAUAAAGGGAUUCCAUUACAGCUGAGAGGUGAAAUCUGGUCUUUGUUGCUCGAUGUCCCCAAGAUGAAAGAAGAAAUGAAAGACUACUAUAAUACCUUAAAAACCCAAGCAAGAGGGAGCUCUCCAGACAUCCGACAGAUUGAUCUUGAUGUGAAUCGAACGUAUCGGGAUCAUAUCAUGUUCAGAGACAGAUACGGAGUUAAGCAGCAAUCUCUAUUCCAUGUUUUAGCUGCAUAUUCUGUGUAUAAUACGGAGGUUGGCUAUUGUCAGGGAAUGAGCCACAUCACUGCAUUGCUCCUUAUGUAUAUGAAUGAAGAAGAUGCCUUCUGGGCCCUGGUGAAACUGCUGUCAGGACCCAAGCAUGCUAUGCAUGGUUUUUUUAUUCCUGGUUUUCCCAAGCUGUUGAGGUUUCAAGAGCAUCAUGAAAAAAUAAUGAAGAAAUUUUUGUCUAAACUUAAACAGCAUUUUGACUCCCAGGAGAUCCACACUAGCUUUUACACAAUGAAGUGGUUUUUCCAGUGCUUUCUUGACCGUACUCCCUUUAGGUUAACCCUCAGGAUCUGGGAUAUCUACAUACUUGAAGGAGAACGGGUUCUCACUGCGAUGUCUUACACCAUUCUGAAAUUGCACAGAAAACACCUGAUGAAAUUGCAAAUGGAAGAACUUGUAGAAUUUCUUCAGGAGACUCUUGCCAAAGAUUUCUUCUUUGAAGAUGACUUCGUAAUAGAUCAGCUCCAUAGCUCCAUGGCAGAGCUGAAACGAGCAAAGCUUGACCUCCCAGUAGCAGGUAAAGAUGAUGAACUUCCAAAGAAGUUGGAGAGAAUCCAGCCUGAAACUCAGCCUGCCAUGUUGAAUCUUACUCAUCUGGUCAAUGGGCAGAGUAGCACGAACAAUGCCCGGGCCAGCCAGAGAACAGGACACAAAGUGCCUGCAGAAAGAGGCGAAGAAAGCUCACCAAGAACACCUGUAGAGAGAGAGCAAGGAAGCUCACCAAACCACCGAAGAAGAAGAAAUUCUCUGGAGAAGAGGCCUUCUUUGAGGCAGCAAAAGCCUGCAACACCAAAUGUGCGGAGUGGAUUGCCAAAGCAGGACCCUGAGAGCCACAAGAAAAAGCCUGAGGUUCAAGCAGAAUCUGAUUCCCAGCAGAAUCAUAGUGCAGCUGCUAACCAAAAUUCCAAUGCUAUUUUAAAUACAGGAAAGGAAUUUGUUCCCAGGUGGAUCAAACCUUCAGAUAUGAAAAUUAUUGAAAAAACUACAAAAAUCACCAUGGAGCUCAAGGGUCGAUCUGUGAAUCCUACCCGUUCAGGAACACCCCCUAGUCCUAAUGGUGAGGCACAGUCUUUCAAUGUAAAGCAAAAGAUGAGGGUCUUGGAUGUCGAUGAAGGCAAGCGAGGGUCAAAUGCAUCACAGUAUGACAAUGUUCCUGGGGCAGACCUAGAGAGUGAGAACUUGGUGGAUGAGGCACUGGAAAGAGCAAUCCUGCAAAGUCCAAGAAACCCAGCUUACUCUAGCAGUUCAGCAAAACCGGCAGAAAAAACAUCUAGUCCACCAAAAAUUUCCAACAGUUAUGCCUUCAGCUCACAACCAAGAGUCCCCAGAUAUUCCUCCCAGUCUGAUGGGACAGACUUUGGACAUAAUUUCAAACCACCUCCACCAUCUUACAGCAAUCCGCCUGUUUACCAUGGAAACUCUCCAAAGCACGUUACAAGCGUAGUCCAUUCCAGUUUCACAGCCACUCAGUACAAUCUUGGGAAUCAAACCAACUCUCCCAACCGAUCAUACAUCUCUGAUUAUCCAGCAGAGAUGUUGCCUAAUAAAUCACAUAGAAAUUACUUUGCUGGCCACCAAAAUGUUGUUGUGAAACCCUCUAGUCGGAUAGAGGUUCUCCCCAGUGACACUUCUCCAAACAGUCCCAAAUCAUCUGCAGACAUCAGAUUUGUGCUUCCUCCAGCUGAUUAUUUACCAGAUAAUAGAAAGUGGCAAGAUCCUGCUUAUAUGUAUAGACAGGAUGUUUAUGGGCAGCCGUGGAACCAAAAUGGCAGCCAAAACCAUUUGGGCCACCUAAGUAAAUACCCACUGUUUCAGCCAAUGCCUGUUAAAGACCAUAACACCCCCACCAUUUCUGUGGAUAGACCUAUAAAAUACAGGACUCCCCCAACCCCAGAAGAAUUUGGCUCGCCACUCUACCAAUAUCCAAGGUCCUCAGGCCCCACACACCACUACAGACACCAAACAGAUGGAUUGUCCAUGCACGAAUCAGUCCUGUUGUGAGAAGCAACCUGAAAGACCAGAAGAAAAAUGUGCAAUGUUCACAGAUCUUGAGGUGGUUGUGGCUAGCCCAAGAGUUUUAGUACUCCUCUAUGUGGGACAAUUCAGAUAACACUAUGUUGUAGCCGUGCUUAAAUGUUGACAAAAGCUCAAACCAAGCAUUGAAUCCUACAAAAAGAUUGGAUUCUCAUAAACAUAGCAAUAGCAUUAUACGGUCCUUGUAACUACUGUGGCAGUUGUUUGUUACAUUUAAGUAGCUUACCUGGAAAACGACUUGGUCUAAUGCCUGUAAGGUCUCAUGCCUUUGUAAGCUGCUUGUUGACACUACAAUCCAUUGUGCGCUCCCUUGGGGCAAGAGAAUUAUAGGGUGCAAAAUGGAUGCAUAUAUAUUCUUGGACUCGAUUCACAAAGUUCUACGUUUUAUUUUAAUUUUAUUUUAACAUAAUUUAUAAACUAUCCAUUCAUUGAGGAUGGGUUUUUCCUGACAUUCUUUUAUAUCCACAGCCUCAGCUACCUAGGAACGAGAAUUCCCAGUUAUCCAAUGCAAUCUUCAUGCAGGGAUGCUAUUAGAAUGGGGCUGGUUUGGCACCCAAAGUGAAAGCACUGUCAUGCAGCAAAUAAAUGGUGCUUUUAAAAAUCAGGACUGUCUGUGCAUUGUAGCAUGGAUCUAGGGCAUCAGUAGCAUUUGAGCCCUCAUCCACAUUCAUGUAUCCAAAGGCAGUUCUGAAGUGUGAUAGCUUUGUUCUAAAGUCUCAUAUGUGCAUUGAUGGAAUGGGAUUAGAGGUAUAGUUAAAGUCAUAAUGGGCAUUUUUUACCAUUUAGCAAAUGUUAAUGUAUCUUUCCAUUAGCAAUUUUUGAGGGCCUUGACAGUUGAAGAGGGAAAGCAUAUGUUUCAGAGUGCUGAGUUUAUAGUGAUACAGCCCAUUUUUGCUAUAUGUGUUGAAUUGCAUUGUUGCUUGUGCAUACUGAACCCCAAACCACAUUGAAGCCUAAAUGUUUCUCCAUUUUUGUGGUGUGUGUGUAUAACAUGGGGUUCAAGUUGAUGUGGGUAGAGCUCUAUGCAUGUAUCACCUGGUGCAAAUAUGAACAUAGCAUGUGUGUGGCAGAUGGAAGUGGGCUGGAGUAGUGUUAACUUUCACUGUACAUACAAACAUUAUGAACAUCUCAACAAAGGGCUGCACACAACCCAUUAAACACUGUUUUUAUGAUCGUGGCUUCGUAUGAAGCCUUUUCAUAAAUAUAUGAAAGGUCGACACCAACUGCAUGCAACAGAAGGAUAAAAAGAAUCUAGUGUAAUUCUUAUACAGGCAUCUUGCUUCAUCCUUGACAAAAGAAGAUUUGAUCCCUUUAAAAGUUUUGGUUAUUUUAUAGUAUGAGUUUUGUGAUUUUUGAAACAAAUUCCAAGAAACAGAGAGAUGUUUAUCACUGUCCAUUGCUUGCACCAUUGGAGUGCCUUUUUGUCUGGAUCUGCUAUUUGGACAGUUGCAUUUGGCAUUGCUUUGAGAAUAAUAUAAGAUGUGGUUCACAUCCCACUUAUUUCAAUGAGAGGGAGGGAAAGUGUGUCCGGUGGAAUGUACAAAAGAUUAUACCAUAUACUUUGACUCACCUAGUCCAAGACAACACACACAUUCUAUAUUGUGGCUCAUCUGAGUGUGCUCCUUUCAUUAACCCCACAUCUGUUGCCUAUGCUGCAUCUUCAUAAGCCAGGAAAGACAGAAUGGGUAUCUAAGCUUUGGUGGGUUGAGCUAAGUUGGUGAAUCAGAAAUCUGUGCAGGUCCACAGUGAAGCCAACACAAACCCAGCCUUUGCAACCCAAAUCUCCCAUGCCCAGGUCACAGCCUGGCUAUGCCUUCGGUGAAGACAAAUGUUGAAGGUUUUACAGAUUUUUUGAUUUGGGAGGCACCCACUGUACACAUUCUGCCAGAAUGUUUUUAAUAUAUCUGCCUCAAAACUGCCCUGAUCCCUUGCUUGAUCAUUCUGUUUAUCUGACAUCUUUCCUCACUUUCUUUGUCUGAUCCCUUAAUGUACUUGAGCAUUUAUUUUUCUUGAGACCAGUAGGCAGUUAGGCGUUUGAUUGGCUAGUGCUGCUGUACUGUUUGGCCCUUCAGAGAUGAUUGUAGGUAUAAAGCCUAAUGCUGAAGUGCUCCAUCAUUGUAAAAUGGAAACCGACAAAUGCAUUGCUCUGUAAUCAGUGCCUGCAUCCUCGGGGUGUUGUGUUUUCCUUGAUCUUUUUUUUUUUUUUAAUCUUGCAGGGCAAGGAGAGUUGGAAGAGUGCAGCUUAGUUAAAUAUCUAAGUUGUGUUCUCCUUGAUUUAGGGGAAUGGGGAAAGUCACUGGGAGCAGCAGUAUAUGUUGUUCCACAAAACUCCAUUCUGCACAAUUCAUUCUGUAUGAGCCACUUUCAGGGUCUGGGUAGCAAUUCCUGGAAGGGGAGAUUAAGGGAACCCUCCUUUUAUAGUGGAAAUGCUUAAGAGUCUGAAUCAGUGAUAUCAGUCUAGGUUGAGUUCUGUAAGUGAAGCAGUAGAUGUGAUUCAGGAGAUAAAGGGAACUCAUUUUUGGUUCUGAUUUCUCAAUAGCAAGUGCACAAAAUCCAGUGCACCUAAAUGGAUCAGGCUACCAUUUUACCAAUGUUUUUCUUCCUGGUUGUUAGGUAGCUUGGCUCUAGGCCUAGAGUCAUGAUCCUCAAACUGUAUGCUGGUCCUCUGCUAGUUAACUAUGGUGAGUGAAAACAAGUAUACAUGUAUUCUUUAAGGAAGCAUUGGUAAGCUGCAUGUUAUAAAUGGAAGCAAUUUUUAUUGGGCAUUGUGAAAAGAUAUUUGGCUGCUCUGAUUUUGAUAAUAGUUUAGAAUAGGAGUUAUUUAGGGAUAAUUUAGAACAACCCCAAUUUAUCCCCAAAUGCCCCCAGACACCCUGUUUUAGGCCUUUUCUUAAAACCAGGGGUAAAUUUGUCGUGACUUCUAGUCACUUUCUGUUUUGGAAAAAGGCCUCUUCUGGACCUAAAAGGGCCUAGAUGUUUCUAAUAACAUGGUAAAAAUGACCUCAAAGCCCCUAGAAGACACUGAGUGACAUUUUUUUGGGGGGGGGGUAUAUAUGUUGAUGUAGAGGGGGACAGCACCCCAAGGUCUCAUCCCUAACGUAGAAGUACAGAAUACAUGUUUCCCACCUUCCAAACUAUAUUUGCACAACUCAAGACCCGUCCAGGUGAAGGCAGCCUACCAGGAGAUUGCUGCCCUCCCUAACUUUGCAGGCGCAGGCAAACAGCAAAACCUGGAUCUCGAUCCAAGUCUCUUUGGAGCCGCUGUCUUGCAUAAUUGGUGGGUUCCAUUUGCAAAUUGCACAGUCUUGCUCCAAAAAGUGUGUUUUAGUGCCUAUGCUCAUGAAACGUUGGCACCAUCGUGUUUUAUGGUACUGAGUCCAGGCUUCUCCAACCUGGGGCAUUCCAGAUGUAUUGGACUCCACCAUAAGCUUUGGGGAGUUGUAGUACCAACACAUCUGGAGGAAGCCAAGUUGGGAGAUGCUGCCAAGAGUGUUUUAAAAAUCAAACAAAAGCAACGUUUAGCCAACAUAGUGGAUGUUUUGUGUAUAUAAUGAAUCAGAUGUAAUUUUUAAUUAACCUGGCAACUGACUUUUUAAAAAAAAUGUGCAGAAGACAGUGAAGUACCUGCUUAGUAUUGCUCUGAGGAGAAAGAAGAAAGCAAGAAGUGGUGAAUCUGUGGCCUUCCAGGUGUUACUGUGAUCCAGUUCCAAUCAGCCACAACCAAUAUGACUAAUGGUCAGGAGCAAUAGAAGUGGUAGUCCAGCAACAUCUGGUAGGCCCCCUUUCCCCCUGUCCCUGGUCUAAACUGACAAAUUAGUACUUGAUCUUUCACCUUUUAGUUCUGAUUUAUUAACUGCCAGAUAGAGAUGUAUGUAUAUAAUAAUGUGGCUAUGUAAUAAUACCAAGGUUUAAACCAUGGCUUUGUGAUUCAUAAUAAAUAUAAUAAAAAAUAUAAGCUGUACAGUUUACUGGAUGCUAGCAUCAGAAAGACAGCUGUUCCUAAAAGUAUGUAUUGAGAUUAGUAAAUACUGUAGAUUUUUAUAUAUAAAAAUAUAUAUACAUGCUAUUUUUCUUA